GUCACAACAGUGCCUGUGUACACAGAUGUGCCUCAGUGCAGUUACAUGGCUUGUAUAUUUGCCAAAGGAAUGGAGGACAUCAUAUCUUUAAGCUCAGGUAGUGAUUCGGACUCCGACCUAGAGGUGGUGGGUUGUUUCAGUGACGCCACCAAAGAAGAUGCGAGACCAUUUAUCACAACGGACUGGAUUCCUGUAAAGCCGGUUUUUAUUCCCUUGUCCAAACUUCGACGGCGACGCCCCCGGAGGUGCCAACGUGAUUCAGCCCUGUCUAUCUCGGUGGAUUCAACUGAAGUUGUGGACUUGAGUCAACUUGAGGAAAUAGUGUCUGAUAUUUCUGCUCUGGCAGAUAGCGGGGGUGAUCAGGACGAGUGUCAGAUUCUGCCGUCUCUCACAGUUGGGAAGAAACCAAAGUCAAAGACCACAGGGACAGUGAAAUCUUUGCCCCCUGUGUGUGUAGACCUGACAGUGCCAAACCAAGUAGAACCCAUCCUUCAACCUGAGGAUGACUGUCAAGUUAUGUUGCCUGCCACACUAAAUCCAGACCCAGUCAUUUCUGUUGGAAAUUCCCCAACGGCAGGUUCAACAGAGCCUGGUCCUCUUUUUCAAGGUGUUCAGCUGCGUGUGUUGGAAAGGGUUGAUCUACUCAAGUCACCUGCUUCAGAAAGCAUAUUGUCUGCCCUCAGCCACCAUAACCCAUCUGAUGUUACUCCAGUUCCAUCACUGUGCGAACCAAACAUUCCAGACUUCAGGGAAAGGAUGGGUAUCACUGAUUCACAUGACCAACAGUCGGCGGCGAUGGCGGCAUCUUGUCCAUCUUCACAUGAGGCCUCAGCCCCAAAUUCUAUGUUCAGAUUGACCAUAGCAGCAAGUCAGACCGCUCAUACCCAAGAAAGUUCUGUUGUGUCUGUGUCUGUUGUCAGUAGACCUUCUGAGUCCUCCAUAUCUUCAGAACAUCAACAUGACGUUCCUCCUCUUCAAAGUAGCCCUACUUCACCUGAAGAACAGGGCGAGCGACUGGAGGACAAUCAGCAAAGGCCCGUUGACACUAGUAAUUCUUUGGACGAAUCAGACUGUAUAACAAUGUCCGAUCCUGAUCUCGGGAUGCCUGAAGAGCUGGGCCCGCAUCAGCAACAGAUCAUUUCUCACAUCCAGUUGAAGAAAUUGAAGAGACACAUGGGGGCAGUGGUGGAAGAUGUGGCUGACGAUGAGGCGGAGGAGGAAGGCUACGGGCCGCCUGAGCUGCUGUGCAGACAGGGCCUCAGUCUGGUCUACAGCACCAUCGAGGAGAAUUACCCAGAGGGCACCCUGCAGCUGCUCUCGGACUUCCUGCAGCCGCGCUACUACCCACCCCCUGACAUCAUGGUGCACCUCCUGAACGGGAUUCUGCUGGACCCAGGCUGCCCUGACGUGUUGGCGGUGGAGGCCUACAGUUUACUGAUGAGAGUUCAGAUAUUUCGUCCAGCAGAUAUCUACAAUCUUACAUGGGACUGGGAGCUCCUAACAUCUGUGAUGGACCAGCAGGUCGGCACGAAAAGCCUUCGCCUUGAAGUCAGACGCAUGCUCCUGCAGUACGUACUGCAAAUUCUGGAAGAUGACUUCCAGCGCCACCUCUACCUCCAAAAGCUGCACCUGACCAUCACCAAGGCCAUACUGUCCUGUGAGCAAAGCUUCACCCAUGUCAGAGAACUUAUUUCCUGGCUGUUUGAAGCGGUUUCCAUGGUUGUGACUUGCAAGGAAAGGAAACGGCCCAUCAAAGAAAUGAAUGAACAUCUCAGGAUGGUGAUGCUGUUUCAGAAGAUGCUGGUCUUGACCUUGGAGGUAGAUCGUACCCCCACCUGCAGCUCCAACAAACUCGCCCAGGAGCUCUUCCAGAUCAUUAUCGCCUCUCCAAUGCGGGAACAGAGGCUACUUCUUCUGGACACGCUGGAGAGCAGUCUGCUGAGGUGUAAGCUCCUGGAGCUGCUGUUGGACUACGAGUGUCCUCAGAAAGUGCCCAUCCCCAUGUCCCUCACCCUGCUGCUACACUUCCUGCAACACACCACUCUGGCACCAGAUCCAACGGAUGGCAGUGAGGACUGGAGGAGGUGGGAGGAGCUGGUUAAGAUGAUCUGGAUGCUCCUGCUCAGCUAUGAGAAGGUCAUGAAAGGUCACCUCCGCUGCUCCAUAACGGAUCGUUCAACGUACAGCCGGGACCCGAACUGGACGGUCCACGACAGGGUAACGCGAUCCAUGGUGCAGGACGCCAGCGACGCCUUUCUGGCCAGAGCCGAGAGAGACUUGGGCUGCCCACCUCCACAACAGGUGCAGGACCCACUGGCUCUUCUGAGGGCUCAUUUACAAGAUUAGUUAAAAGCUACUUGAUGAAGGAGAUUGUGUGGUUCAUAGGAUUUAAUUCUUUUGUUCAUAGAUUACAUUUUUUAUUUCCAAAUUCUAAAGCCCAAAAACUGUAAAUAGAAAGUUAAUACAGGUUAUUUAUUUUUUUUAGAAAAGGGAAUAUUAUUUUAAUUGAAAUGUUUUUAUAAAUCAAUAAUUUAUUUUGUUACAUUUUUUUUAAAACAAUGUGUUAUUUACUAAUGUGUUAUUGGAAUGUAGCAUAAUCUUUUACUAUGAAUUUAAGCUUUGUGGACCUCUGAGAGUGUCUAUUUUCACAUUUUCAAAUAUUUGAAAAAAUAAAAAAAUGUGCCAUUUGUACAUUUAAAUUCAUUAUUUAUUUUCAUAAUGUGUCUGCGUGAGGGACAAUCCCACACACUGAGAGGAAUUUAGACGUAGCUGGUAAUGGACUGAUUCGUUUACACCAGCAUACAGUGCGGUUCAUUCUUUACAUUUCCUCUAUCUUGCUGAGCC